ACACGAUUUAUGUUAUUUUAAUAUUAAAACAGUGUUUUUCCUUCCUUGAUAAUUAUGAUGACUAAUAACAAUAAAGCGCCUCCGAAGUCACUGACUAGCGUAGCUGAAAUUGGUGAAGUUGCAACGUGGUACGAUGGACGAACCAUAUUUAUAACUGGUGGAACAGGAUUCAUGGGAAAAGUACUUAUAGAAAAAUUACUAUAUGCAUGUCCUGGGGUGGCUCGAAUUUACGUUUUAAUGAGGUCGAAAAAAGGUAAAACACCUGAAGCGCGCAUUGAAGAAAUGUGGAAAUUACCUAUGUUUCAACGUUUACGUAAAACGUAUCCAGAUUCAAUAAAAAAGAUUGUACCAUUAUAUGGUGAUAUUGUUUCGGAUAAUUUAGGUUUAACAGUAACGUCGAAAGCUCGUUUACAUGCCGAAGUAUCAGUUGUAUUUCAUUGUGCAGCAACAUUAAAACUAGAAGCAAAUUUAAAAGAUUCAAUUGAUCAAAAUACUGGUGGUACAUUGCGUGUUUUAAAUUUAUGUAAAGAAAUGAAACAAUUAGAAGCAUUUGUACACUUGUCCACAGCAUUUUGUUGUUGUGAUGUGCAUGAUUUGCAAGAGAAGGUGUACGCAACGUCUGAUAACCCACAAGAUGUAAUUCAAGUAUCACAAUGGCUGCGUAUGGAUGCUUUAGAAGUAGCGACACCAAAGUUAAUUGCACCACAUCCAAACACAUACACAUAUUCAAAAAGACUUGCUGAAGUUUUAGUUGCCGAGCAUUUUCCAGAUUUGCCUAUUUCAAUUGUACGCCCUUCAAUAGUAACUCCAUCUUGGGAAGAGCCUAUUCCAGGAUGGGUGGAUAGUUUAAAUGGUCCCGUUGGAAUCCUUGUUGGAGCUGGGAAAGGUGUUAUCCGUUCAAUGCAUUGUCGUUCUGAUUAUAAUGCACAUAUUAUUCCAGUUGAUUUUGCGAUUAAUGGUUUAAUAACAAUAGCAUGGCGCACGGCUACAGCAUCACCUAAACCCCGAGAAAUACCAGUGUACAAUUUAACAAAUCAUUCAACAUUACCAAUAACAUGGGGUGAAGUACUAGUAAAAGGUCGUGUUGUUGGUAGAAAAUAUCCAUUUGAAAUGUGUUUAUGGUAUCCAGAUGGAAAUAUGCGAAAUUCUAGAGCAGUGCACAAUUUCUUUGCAUUCUUCUUUCAUUUUCUGCCAGCUUACUUUAUCGAUUUUCUGAUGAUAAUAUUUCUACAAAAACGUUUCAUGGUUCGAAUUUAUAAAAAAGUGGCCAUGGGAUUAGAUUUAUUACAAUUCUUCACAACUAGACAGUGGAAGUUUAAUGAUAAAAAUUACUUAAGUCUCUGGAAAACAGUAAACGCAGAAGAUCGUCGACGAUUUCCAUCUGAUUUCAGCCAGCUUAAUACUGAUGAGUAUUUAAAGAGAAUUGUUCUUGGUGCGCGGCAGUAUUGUAUGAAAGAGGAUCCAAAAACCAUUGGAAAAUGUCGAGUGCAACAUUUCUUUUUAUAUCUAUUGGAUCGUUCAGUGGCGUUAUUCUUCUAUGGAUCAAUCAUUUGGUUUUUAAUUAAUUAUUUUGAAUCUACACGAAUGCUUUUUGACUCAGCUACUGAAUACAUAAAAGAAAUUCCAUUUGCUGAAAAUUUGGUUGCUAAAUUGAAAGAAUAAUUUUUUGUUUUUGUUGAAAUUUUUAUUUAUAAUAUGUGCAAUAUUUACUGUGUAAUAUCUAUUUAAUUAGAUAUUUUUAUAAAAUUAUGACAGAAAAGCCAAAAUACUUAGCAAGUAAGAGACUUUAAUAAAAAAAAAAGUUCAAAGUAGGAUCUUUUAAAGAAGCCGUAUUUUAAUUUUUUUACAGUAAUCGCAAACUUUAAAUGGACUUUUUUCUCCAAAGAAGUAAUUAGAUUUAGUACAGGAAACGGUAUAAGGUCUUCACCCAUCUGAUAACCAGA